AUGCACACGAAAAGGGCGGUGACCACUUGGACCAUGCAAACUCGUCCAGAUGUUCAGCGGGUGGGCUUCGCAGCUAUACUGUUUGUGAUGUCCAAAGCUCACAUCAAAGACUUCAAAGUGAACUGCACAGUGGGGAUCACCUUGAGCUUGCACAGCUGUAGUGAGCUUGUCCAUCACCUCGCGGCUGGCAUGCAUAUUGCAUCGUGGCGUGGUAAACCACAAAGGUCACAACAAGGGGAACAAUGCAGCUGGGAACUUGGAAUAUGCAUCAAAGUUAACAAGGCGCAGGUUUGCCAAUACUACGAACUGUGCAUGUGA